CUCUGCAGGACAUCCCUGUGGUGGAAGACGGUGAGCGAGGAUUUCACCUGCAGCACGACGCGCGGCGCACGCACUCCCACGCGCACACGGCAGACAAACACACGCACAGUAGGCAAACGCACACACACAGACGCGCGCGCACACGUCGCCGAUCCGCAGUUGGAGUCAUGUCUGUAGCCGGACUGAAGAAGCAGUUCCACAAAGCCACUCAGAAAGUGAGUGAGAAGGUGGGAGGAGCUGAGGGAACAAAGCUUGACGAUGACUUUGUGGAAAUGGAAAAGAAAGUGGACACUACCAGCAGGGCAGUGAUGGAUAUCAUGACCAAAACCACAGAGUACCUGCAGCCCAACCCAGCGACCCGUGCUAAGAUGAGCAUGAUGAGCUCCAUGUCGAAGAUCCGAGGGGGCGAUAAGGGUCCGGGAUACACACAGACUGAGACCGUGCUGGGAGAGGCCAUGCAGAAGUUCGGCAGGGAGCUGGGCGAAGAGUCCAACUUUGGCCUGGCUCUGAUCGAUGCUGGAGAGGCGAUGCGGGAGCUGGGGGAGGUGAAGGAUGCGCUGGACAUGGAGGUCAAGCAGAACUUUAUCGAUCCCCUGCAGAAUAUGUAUGACAAGGACCUGAAGGAGAUUCAGCAUCACCUGAAAAAGAUGGAAGGCCGUCGUCUGGACUUUGACUAUAAGAAGAAGCGGCAGGGCAAAGUGACAGACGAUGAGAUCAAGCAGGCUCUGGAGAAGUUUGAUGAUUCAAAGGAAAUAGCAGAGCAGAGCAUGUUCAACCUACUGGAGAGUGAUAUUGAACAGGUGAGUCAGCUUGCCGCUCUGGUCCAGGCACAGGUGAACUACCACAGACAGGCCACCGAGAUCCUACAGCAACUUUCUGACAAGAUGGAAGAGAGAAUAAGAGAUGCUUCCAGCAAGCCGAAGAAAGAGUACAUGCCCAAACCUCGAACCUCCAUGGACUUCAGCUCCAGUGAGACCCACAAUGGGGGAAUUAGCCAUAUCUCACGCUCGCGCUCACCAGCUCCUAUGGAUCAGCCGUGUUGUCGGGCUCUGUAUGAUUUUGACCCGGAAAAUGAGGGCGAGCUCGGCUUUAAGGAAGGUGACAUCAUCACCCUGACCAAUAAGAUCGAUGAGAACUGGUACGAGGGGAUGAUCCACGGCCAGUCCGGCUUCUUCCCCGUCAACUACGUCGACGUCCUGGUGGCUCUGCCGCACUAAUCUCCAGAUACCCUCCCACAAAUAUCGCCCCAAACCCCCGAUUCCCACCACACACACUCCUCCUGCGAUUAUGACAAACACACCAGACACACGAACAGCAGCUUUGUGCAUGAGGAAAAAGUGCAUUCGCGCUUUGGACGAUUUGCAGUUUGCCAUGGAAACCUUUCUGUUAUUGAGUUGGAGAACUAUCCUAUGCUUUUUCAUGAUUAUGUUUUAUCCUAAGGAGGGUUUAUUUUUCCUUUUUAUUUCUUUAUUUAUUUAUUUUUGGAGGGGUUUUUUUUUUUUUUUUUUUUUUUUCCUUUCGGUUUGCUUUUGAGAUGGUGUGAAAAAGUGAGUGCCCCAUCCACCCAGUCCCAGUCUAUUUUCUAUUUUUUCCCCUCUCACUUUUUCUCUGAUGCCAGAAUAAAAUAGCAGUCACUCUUUUCAGCAAGAUGUAAAAACGUCACUGUAAAUUAUGUUCUUCUUUCCUUUACCAUUACUGGUUUGGGGGGGGAUAUAAAAUAAGCCGUUUUAAAUUUUAGCUUUCCUCUUGCAUGUCUAAAAUACUGAGUUUUGCUCCAACACCUUAACAAGCUGCUGAAACUGAACCUGUUGGGUUUUCAGUGCAUUAUAUUUUAAUCCUGAUUCUGUCAGUAUUAAACGCGCCAUCCUACUGUGUUCAGACUUCCUGCUUAUGGUUUAAUUGAGCCAUGAAUCGGUGACUAAUGCUAAUAAAGGUGAAAUCCGAGGUGAUGUGAAGUAUAAAUGUUGGCGUGUCGUGAAUAUAUCGAAGUUAUUUAUUGCUGAAUGAAGCAAAUUAAAUAUUUCUCUUUAUGACGACGUAAAAGCAAACUGUGAUAUUUUCUCUGCAUACUAGUCUAAUAUAAUCAUGUGAAAAUGUCCACAGAUUUACUGUACUUCAAAUUCUCGAUGUUCCGGAUUGUUUUGAAAGCAGUAUAUUCUUCAGAGACAGGAGGUUAGAACAGGUUGAAGACUCAGGCUGUCUGGGAUUAUGAUCUAUUAGCGCUGAUAGAAAUAGGUUUCGAGUUUUAAGAGCAUUCAUUAAUUUGUUGUUGUGUCUUUCACAGUGUGUCCUUUUACAUUUUAAACUCUUGUACAUUUAAGAUUUCAUGAAUAGCAAACUCUUAAGAUGGUUAACUUAAGCCGUCUUAACUUCUCUGCCUAUUGAACAGAACUGAAUUGAAAUUUACAGCGAAACACAAUUUUUGCUGAUGAUGCGAAUUUGUGGGAUAUAAGCUUCCAUUACUUGUGAACAACAUUAGCCUCAUAAUUCCAGUGCUAAAACUAAAAAAACCAAACUUUGGUAAAAUCUGGGGAAAUUAGAUUUUUUUGGGGGCUCAUCACUUUAAUUUAUCUAUCUGAGAAAAUCGUCUUUGUGACAUACAGUGGGGAAAAUAAGUGUUUGAUACACCGCCCAUUUUGAAAGUUCUCCCACCUACAAAGGAUGGAGAGGUCUCAUUUUUCUCACUGUGAGAGACAGAAUCUAAAAAAAAUCCAGAAAAUCACAUGAUUUUUAAAUAAUUAAUUUGCAUUUUAUUGCAGUACAAACUUAAUAUUUGGUACAGAAACCUUUGUUUGCAAUUAGAGGUCAGACGUUUCCUGUAGUUCUUGACCAAGUUUGCACACAGCAGCAGGGAUUCUGGCCCACUCCUCCAUACAGAUCUUCUCCAGAUCUUUCAGGUUUCGGGGCUGUCGCCGGGCAACAUUGAGUUUCAGCUCCCUCCAAAGAUUUCAGGUCUGGAGACUGGCUUGGCCACUCCAGGACCUUGAAAUGCUUCUUACGGAACCACUCCUUAGUUGCCCUGGCUGUGCGUUUCAGGUCAUUGUCAUGCUGGAAGACCCAUGACCCAUCUUCAGUGCUCUAACUGAGGGAAGGAGGUUGUUGGCCAAAAUCUCACGAUACAUGGCCCCAUCCAUCCUCCCUUCAAUACGGUGCAGUCGUCCUGUCCCCUUUGCAGAAAUGCACCCUCAAAUUAUGAUGUUUCCACCCCCAAUGCUUCACGGUUGGGACGGUGUUCUUGGGGUUGUACUCAUCCUUCUUCUUCCUAAAAAGUUCUAUUUUGGUCUGAUCUGACCACAUGACCUUCUCCCAUGCCUCCUCUGGAUCAUCCAGAUGGUCACUGGUGAACUUCAAACGGCCUGGACAUGUGCUGGCGUGAGCAGGGGGACCUUGCGUGCCCUACAGGAUUUGAAUCCAUGACGGCGUAGUGUGUUACUAACGGUAAUCUUUGAGAUUGUGGUCCCAGCGCUCUUCAGGUCAUUGAGCAGGUCCUCCUGUGUAGUUCUGGGCUGAUUCCUGACCUUUCUCAGAAUCAUCCGUACCCCUCGAGGCGAGAUCUUGCUUGGAGCCCCGGACUGAGGAAGACUGACAUUCAUUCAUCUUGUUUCUUCCAUUUUCUAAUAAUCGCGCCAACAGUUGUUGCCUUCGCAUCAAGCUGCUUGCCCAUUGUCCUGUAGCCCAUCCCAGCCUUGUGCAGGUCUACGAUUUUGUCCCUGAUGUCCUUGGACAGCUCUUUGGUCUUGGCCAUGGUGGAGAGGUUGGAGUGUGAUUGAUUGAGUGGGUGGACAGGUGUCUUUUAUACAGGUAACGAGUUCAAACAGGUAAUGAGUGCAGAGUAAGAGAGCAUCUUAAAGAAGAACUAACAGGUCUGUGAGAGCCAGAAUUCUUGCUGGUUGCUAGGUGAUCAAAUACUUAUUUCGUGCAAUAAAAUACAAAUUAAUUAUUUAAAAAUCGUGAUUUUCUGGAUUUUUUUUUUUAGAUUCUGUCUCUCGCAGUUGAAGAGUACCUACGAUAAAAAUGGCAGACCUCUCCAUCCUUUGUAGGUGGGAAAACCUGCGGUGUAUCAAAUACUUAUUUCCCCCACUGUACGCUCCUGAAGAAUGUUAUGAGCCAUAUCACAUUUUUUUUAAUUGGCUUAUACUUGAGAAAAACGAUGGACAUCUUAAUGGCUGGAGCAGUGCACGCUGCAGGACAUGCAGGACAUGAGUGGGAUAGUGUUGGGGUUUUGUUUCUUCUUCAUCUGCUGAAUGUGUUUGGAUGAAGUGACUGUGUGUUUGUGUGUAUGUGAUAUUCUAAAUGCAGGCCUAAUCGGUGACUCAGAUAGAUAAAUGCUGACUGUAUAUCAGUUUUGUGAAGUAAAGUCUGGGAGUUGUAGGUAAAGUGUUAUAAACUCUGAAACCAUUAUUGUUCUGUUUGUUAAAAAGCACAAAUGUUGAGAGUGCAUUUCAGAUUUUUUUAAGAUUUUUUUUUUUUUUUUUUUUUUGGCAACAGUUUAUUUUAAGUGGUCGUUAUAAGCCUUGUAAUGCCCUUAUAAAGCCGAUUACUGCAUUAUUAAGCAAUACUCCGUUCCAUGAGGCAUUUUUCAGUGUUAUAUACAUCAAAACUCUUACCUGAGCACUGGCUGAGGAUUUGAUUGCGAUCAGUAACAAAAGCAUUAGUGAUAGAUUAGUAGCGGUAGAUUAACUCAUUUAACUAGUCUAAGUUAGUUUGAUUAGUUCUGAAUCACAAAAACCACUCAGACUCAUCCCAAAGGUAUUGGUUAGAGCUGCAUCACGCCAGAGAAUGCAGCCCAGAGCGGGGGGGCUUUAUAUGCUUGGCACUGGGCAUGGCGAGGCUCACACAUGGCCCCACAGCUUGCUGUUCUUUUAUCAAUGUUUUUCUGCAAAGAUCAAUCUGUGUGUGUUUAAUUGAAGGCCUGUGUCAGCGAUGGAUGCACUUAAGCCCAAUUAGAGAUGCUGUGUGGAUCCUUUCAGACAUUCUCAAUAGUAAAUCACCAAUUAGCUCUAAUUAAAGACACCCCCAUUCACAAGUGAAGAUUUCUUGUUCACCUGUAGUUAUGAAGUGUUCAUAUUAGCUGACCUGGUAAAAUCCUGAUCCUGUCCUAUCAUGAACUGUGCCUGUUAUAACAUAUUGUAGCUUCUAUUCAAUACCCAACCUGUUUAGUUGAGUGAUAUCAGAUUGUCUCGCUUUGCUUUAGUUUAGCUUUGUUCAUUAUCUUCAUUUCAGUAAAUGACGUGCAGAUCAUGGUGUAUAAUACAAAAAUAAAUAAGCUCUGGAAAAGGGUCCUAAUUAGAAUCCUAAUUGUGGAUUGAAAGCCAGCUAAGCCCUUACAAGAGCAUUUUAAUGACCACCUAAAUUAAAGUGUUACCUUUCUUUUUUACAAUUGCAUUGUUAUCCUCAAUGAGGUGUGUACAGACUUCUUUUGUGUUGUGUUUUCACCCUGUGUUUAGUUUCACAUCUGCAGCAGCGUGAUAUUUUUGUAAUAGUGAUAAAGUAUAUACAGAUAUAUAGAUGUAUUAUCUGAAGUUCUAAUGGGGGGAUUUAGUAGCAAACACACUGUGUGGUGAUUUUUCUUUUUCAUGAGUGACUCCUUACCCUAAUUGAGUAACAUGCUUGAUGUAAUGGAAAGAUUAUAAUGCUUAAUAUAACUCAAAUAAGCACCAAGCUUGUUCUGGAAAA